AUGAGCGGCGUACGCUCUCAAUACACCCAGAUGUUCCCCCCAAAACCCAAAUGGGGUGUGAACGACAUCCCGGAUUUGACUGGCAAGGUGAUGAUUGUCACCGGUGGCAAUUCUGGUAUCGGAAAGGAGACAGUCAAGGCCCUUCUUGAACACAACGCAAAGAGAUCCGAGAAGGCACAGGAGGCCAUCAACGAUUUGAAGCAAGCCACAGGUAAAGAGGCCAUCUUCCUCAGGCUUGACCUUGGCGACUUGCAUAGCGUCAAGCAGGCAGCGGAAGAGUUCAUCAGCAAGAAGCAGCAGCUGCACGUACUAUUCAACAGCGCUGGUGUCAUGAUGUGUCCCCUAGACAUGCUGACCGCCCAAGGCUACGACCUGCAAUUCGGAACCAACGUGUUGGGCCACUUCUACUUCACCAAACUCCUGCUUCCUAUUCUACCCCCCACUGCCAAAUUUACACCGGAGGGCAAGGUCCGCGUCGUCAACAUGUCCUCCUCAGCGCACUACAACCCGUUGGGUCCCCCGUUGAACCUCGCCACGCUCAAGGACGGCCCAGCCCGCCGGAAGCUGAGAAACCUGAAAACUAACCUCACACGCUACAGUGGCUCUGUCUUCAAAGCCGUCACCCAACCACUGCUGUUCCCGGCUUCCUACGGCGCUCUUACGCAGCUCUGGGCCGGCACCUCGCCGGAGGGUCGCGAGCUCGGCGGCAAGUAUCUGAUACCAUGGGCUCGGGUCGGCGUUCCGUAUGCACCAGCAAACGAUCCGGCGCGAGGACGAGAUCUGUGGGCAUGGAUGGAGGAGCAGAUAAAGGACAUGUAA